AUGGAGGGAUACAACCAACAAUCAUCGUCCCAUCAGGGGUCGAUAGAUAUCAAGGAUGAAACAGAGAGUGCUGCCACUGUCCUUGGGGAUGAAACUCCCCAAAAGAGCAGCCCUUCGCAUAGUCAGCACAACGACUGGAGCUUGCUGAGGCAGGUUCAAGAGCAACAUGAGCGAGGCCUGGCCUCCGGAUUCAAACGUCAGGAACUUGGUGUCACCUGGCAAAAUCUGAGUGUCGAUGUCAUCAGCGCCGACGCUGCUGUCAACGAAAAUGUCUUGUCACAGUUCAACAUCCCCCAGCAUAUUAAAGAAUCGCGCAACACACCCCCAUUGCGCACCAUUCUGAACAAGAGUCAUGGUUGUGUCAAGCCUGGUGAGAUGCUUUUGGUUCUCGGACGCCCUGGCUCCGGUUGCAGCACGCUGUUGAAGAUGCUCUCCAACCGCCGUGGAGGGUUCAAGUCCGUCGAAGGUGACGUCCGUUUUGGAUCGAUGACCCCUAAGGAGGCUAGCAAUUAUCGGGGUCAAAUCGUUAUGAAUACCGAGGAGGAGCUUUUCUUCCCAACUUUGACCGUUGGACAAACAAUGGAUUUCGCGACUCGCCUCAAGGUUCCCUUCAACCUUCCAAACGGUAUCGACUCUGCCGAAGCCUACCACGCCGAAGCAAAGAAGUUUUUGAUGGAAUCAAUGGGGAUCUCUCACACCGAAGAUACCAAGGUCGGCAACGAGUACGUUCGUGGUGUCUCUGGCGGUGAACGCAAACGUGUUUCGAUCAUCGAAUGCCUCGCCACCCGUGGAUCCGUCUUUUGCUGGGAUAACAGUACCCGUGGUCUAGAUGCAAGCACUGCUCUGGAGUGGACGAAGGCAAUCCGUGCCAUGACCGAUACCCUAGGUCUGUCCACCAUCGUCACUCUGUACCAGGCUGGCAAUGGUAUCUAUGACCUCUUCGACAAGGUGCUGGUUCUUGACGAGGGUGAGCAGGUCUACUACGGUCCUCGGUCCCAGGCUCGGCCAUUCAUGGAGGAAGUGGGCUUCGUUUGUCGCGAGGGUUCUAAUGUUGCCGACUUCCUGACUGGUGUCACUGUACCUACUGAACGCCGCAUCCGCGAUGGAUACGAAACCCGUUUCCCGCGAAACAAGGACGCUCUUCGUCAGGAAUAUGAGAAGUCCCCCAUUCACACCGAUAUGCUCUCCGAGUACGACUAUCCCGACUCUGAUUCAGCACGCCAGCGCACACAGGACUUCAAGGAUGGCGUCGCGUUUGAGACAUCCAAGCAGCUGCCCAAGAGCAGUCCUCUAACCGUGAGCUUUACCGAACAAGUCAAGGCCUGCAUUACCCGGCAAUACCAGAUCAUCUGGGGUGACAAAGCGACCUUCAUCAUCAAACAAGUUGCCACCUUAAUGCAAGCCCUCAUUGCUGGUUCCCUCUUCUACAGUGCCCCAGACAACUCAGGUGGACUUUUCGUCAAAUCCGGUGCUCUUUUCUUCUCCCUCCUGUAUAACAGUUUGCUUGCCAUGUCCGAAGUGACGGACUCAUUCGAGGGUCGUCCUGUUUUGGUCAAGCAUAAGGGCUUCGCCAUGUUCCAUCCUGCCGCUUUCUGCAUUGCUCAAAUUACUGCCGACAUUCCUGUAUUGCUAUUCCAGGUCAGCAUGUUCUCGCUGGUCGUGUACUUCAUGGUUGGCUUGACAACAUCAGCUGGAGCUUUCUUUACCUACUGGAUCUUGGUGUUCGCUACUACUAUGUGUAUGACCGCCCUGUUCCGUGCUAUUGGUGCUCUUUUCACAACAUUCGAUGGUGCUUCCAAAGUCUCCGGUUUCCUCAUCUCUGCUCUGAUCAUGUAUACCGGUUACAUGAUUCAAAAGCCCCAGAUGCACCCUUGGUUUGGAUGGAUCUUCUGGAUUGACCCCCUCGCCUACGGCUUUGAGGCUCUCCUAUCGAACGAAUUCCACAACAAGAUUAUCCCUUGCGUUGGCACCAACCUCAUCCCUCAAGGCCCCGGCUACAACGACAGCGCACAUCAGUCUUGUGCCGGUGUUGGUGGUGCCAUCCAGGGUAACACUUAUGUCACUGGUGACCAGUACCUCAGCUCGCUCUCCUACAGCCAUGCUCACCUCUGGCGCAAUUUCGGUAUCAAUUUGGCGUGGUGGGUGCUGUUCGUGGUUGUCACCAUCAUCGCCACUUCUAAGUGGAAGUCCCCCAGCGAAAGUGGAAGCUGCUUGGUGAUUCCGCGCGAGCGACUGGAACAGCACAACCAGAAUGCACCAGUCGACGAGGAGUCACAGGUUCCAGAGAAGUCCAAGAAGCCAUCUGCCGGCGAUGCCCGUGAUGAGAACAAUAUUGAUAACCAGCUGGUUCGCAAUACCUCUGUGUUCACCUGGAAGAAUCUAAGCUACACUGUGAAGACACCCACCGGCGAUCGUCUGCUGUUGGAUAAUGUCUACGGCUGGGUGAAGCCGGGUAUGCUGGGUGCUCUGAUGGGUUCAUCUGGUGCGGGCAAGACCACUUUGCUGGACGUUCUGGCUCAGCGAAAGACUGAGGGUACCAUCAAGGGUUCGAUCAUGGUUGAUGGUCGUCCUCUUCCUGUUUCCUUCCAACGUUCCGCCGGUUACUGCGAGCAGCUCGACGUCCUGGAACCUUUCGCCACUGUCCGCGAGUCUCUCGAGUUCUCCGCUCUGCUUCGUCAAAGCCGAGAUGUGUCACGUGAGGAGAAGUUGAAGUACGUCGACACUAUUAUUGAUCUGCUUGAGCUGCAUGACCUUGCCGAUACUCUCAUCGGUCGUGUCGGUGCGGGAUUGAGCGUAGAGCAGCGGAAACGUGUCACCAUUGGUGUCGAGCUGGUUUCCAAGCCCAGUAUCCUGAUCUUCCUCGACGAGCCUACCUCUGGCCUUGAUGGACAGUCCGCCUACAACACCGUUCGUUUCUUGAGAAAGCUUGCUGAUGUCGGUCAAGCUGUGCUCGUUACCAUUCACCAGCCCUCCGCCCAGCUGUUCGCCGAAUUCGACACACUGCUUCUGCUCGCCAAGGGGGGCAAGACUGUGUACUUUGGUGAUAUCGGUGACAACGGCACCACUGUCAAGAACUAUUUCGGCCGUUAUGGCGCCCCCUGCCCGGCCAACACUAACCCAGCUGAGCACAUGAUUGACGUUGUCUCUGGUCACCUUAGCCAGGGUCGCGACUGGAACCAAGUCUGGCUGGAGUCGCCAGAGCACGAGAAAGCUACCAAAGAGCUUGAACAGAUUAUUGAUACUGCCGCCGCCAGUCCUCCCGGUACUCACGACGAUGGACAGGAGUUCGCAACUUCGAUCUGGGAACAGACCAAGUUGGUGACCACCCGCAUGAGCAAGGCCCUGUUCCGUAACACGGACUAUGUCAACAACAAAUUUGCUCUGCACAUCGGUUCUGCCCUGUUCAACGGCUUUUCCUUCUGGAUGAUUGGCGAUAGCGUCGGCGACCUGCAAAUGCGUCUUUUCACCAUUUUCAACUUCAUCUUUGUCGCCCCCGGUGUGAUCAACCAGCUGCAGCCGCUCUUCCUGGAGCGUCGUGCGAUCUAUGAGCAACGCGAGAAGAAAUCCAAAAUGUACUCGUGGUGGGCCUUUGUUACUGCUCUGGUUGCCUCUGAGAUCCCCUACCUCUGCAUCUGCGGUGUCCUCUACUUCGUCUGUUGGUAUUGGACAAUCGGUGCCGACACAGCUUCCAGCAAGUCUGGCGCAACCUUCUUCAUGAUGCUGCUCUACGAGUUCGUGUACACUGGUAUCGGGCAAUUUGUCGCCGCGUACGCGCCCAAUGCCACCUUUGCCGCGUUGGUCAACCCCCUCAUCAUCGGAACCCUGGUCUCCUUCUGUGGUGUCCUCGUGCCGUACGCGCAAAUCCAGGAAUUCUGGCGCUACUGGAUCUACUGGCUGAACCCUUUCAACUACCUGAUGGGUGGUCUAUUGGUUUUCAAUGUAUGGGACACCGAUAUCAACUGCAAAGAGAGCGAGUUUGCCAUCUUUGACCCGCCCAACGGCACUACUUGCAUCAACUACCUGAGAGACUAUAUGGAAACCAUUGGCGCACGGAUGAACCUGGUGAAUCCCGAUGCGACCGAAGCUUGCCGCGUGUGUGAGUACACUCACGGCAGCGACUACCUGUACAACCUCAACCUGAAGGAGUACUACUAUGGGUGGCGGGAUAUUGGCAUUGUGGCUAUCUUUGCGAUUAGCUCGUAUGCCUUGGUCUAUCUGCUGAUGAAGCUGCGGACCAAGGCGUCGAAGAAGGCCGAGUAG